AGGGUGGAUUUCAAUUUUUUUUUAAUAAGGGAGGCACUCUAGAGUGUGGUUUACCUGCAUUGUUUUAAGGGCUUUUAUUUUGGAGCGGUGCACGAGUUUCACUUAUCUCAGGGAAAAGGAAACACCUCCUCCUCAACACGAGUGGUCCUCCUCCUCAUCCUCCUCCUCGUCCUCUGAAGGAUGACAGGGAGUGGAUCAUAGUGGAGGGCUGCUCUGUCUGCGGCAGUCAACAUCACCUCCUCUGUCUCCCAACACUGAGUGACCAACACACUUACUGUGUCCAGAUUAUGGGAUCUUAUCCAAGUGCCGGGCUGACUGAUCCAGUUCAAAUCUGGAUCUAACUUCCUUGUUUUGCCAGUGUUGUGAACGUCAACCUGUGCAGCUCUCAUCCAGGACCGAGGAUCUGUCGUUUGGUGGACGGUCCCGGAGUUCGGCGUGUAAAAGGAAAAUCCUGGAGAUGGUAGAUAUUUGAACCGACAGUGAAUCAGGAUGGAGCCUGUUAAAAGAGACAUGGAGCUGCUCAGUAACAGCAUGGCAACCUACGCUCACAUCAAAGCCAAUCCAGAGAGCUUCGCCCUCUACUUCAUGAUGGGCGUCUGUUUCGGCCUGCUCAUGGCGCUGUGCCUCAUGGUGGUGGGUGUCGCCUGCAGGACUCGCCGCCCCAGCAGGAGGCCUCCCCCUUCCCCCGAGAGGAGACAACUGAAGGAGUCCAGCGAGGAAGAGGAGGAGGAUGAGGAGGAGGAGAGCAUUGCGGAGGAAGACAGGGAGGAGGCGGAGAUCCCUAAAGUGACAAUGGGGCCCCUGAGCAGCGACCGCAGCAGCCAGUCCAACGGCACUCUGAGGAGCGUAAACGUGUUCGCCUCCGCAGAGGAGCUGGAGAAGGCCCGACGUCUGGAGGAGAGGGAACGGAUCGUCAGGGAGAUCUGGAGGAAUGGACAACCGGACAUCCUGGUCACAGGGACGGGGACUAUUGGACGAGUGCAUUACCACUAACAGACACUGCUGACUGUGGCCCUCAAAAUCCACCUCAUGACUGCAAAGGGCAGAUAAAACCUUUUCACCUUGACUUGUAUGGAAGCCCAAAAUGUUCAAUAUUAAAAUAAGGGACUGUGUGAAGAUGAUUGUGGUGGUGAGGAGGAGAAAUAACCCCUUCCCGAGUUAUUAAUGCUUUCUUUUAUUCGCAUUAAGUUUACCAUGUUUACCAUCUAGAUGAAAAGUCAGGGUAACUAAAGCAAUUUCAAUCCCUCCAAUAGUUGCCAACUACAUGGUGACAACAGAGGAACAUCAGAGGAUCACCAAAGUCAGUAGGAUUAAUCUUCUAGGAACCACAAAUGUCUGUACCAAUUUUCGUGCCAAUCCAUCCAGUAGAUUGUGAGAUAUUUCCCUGGAUAAGUGGAAGAUUUGAUCUGCUUGUGGCACUAAAAGAAGUCAGGGGAUCACCAAAGUCUGUAGGAUUCAUCUUCUGGGGACCACGAAUGUCUUUACGAAACUUAAUGUCAGUCCAUCAAAUAGUUCUUGAGAUAUUUCAGUUUGGACUGAAGUGAUGGUACCAUCCUGGGAGUAAUGCCUCUAACAUGAACAUAUUAAAUCAAUAUUACAGUGUUAAAUCAGUCCAACUUGUUUAAUCUUCCAAUAUUCCAACUAAAAUUAAGUAAAAUAUUACUUUUUUAUUUUAUUUUUACUCUUCAGCCAAAAUAAUAUUUGCAAUACGCUCCCCUUUAUCCGCCCUCCUCUCUCCCCCUAAUAACGUCUGUGCAGCCCCUAAAUAAAAAAGACAAAAUAAUUACUCAUAUGAAUAAAUAUCUAAAGACCUGCAAUAAAAUCCACAUUUUCAAUUCAUUUUUUAAACUCAGCUCAAUGUUAUAAAUGUUAUUUCAUCCAGUUUCUUUUUACAACAUCUUUAUAACUCAAGAAA